CUUUUUCACUCUCUCCCUCUCUCUCUUCUUCCACCAUUGUAGAGCUCUCUCUUACUCUCUCUCCAGUUAUAUGGAGAAACUUGUGGAAGUUUCGGACCAAGAGGUGCGCAUAGACUUCGCUCUGGCGUGCAAAUGCCGAACCACCGUACGUCUGAAGUCACUCAUCCCCACCGCUCCAGUGGCCUUCAAGGUUCAAACCUCAUCUCCUCACAAGUUCCUGGUUAACCCGCCGAGUGGACUCAUUCCACCGUUAUCUUCCACCACUUUCCAAGUCAUCCUCAAGCCCCAAUCUCAACUCCCCCCAACCUUCCCUCGCUCUCCCUCCGAUCGUUUCCUCGUAAAAACAGCUCUUGCCCCUGAUCUUACCCGUAACUCGACCGAGUCAAUCAACUCCGAUUUCAUCAACACUUGGUUCAACUCGAUUCCACAACAGUCCAUCCACGACCUCAAACUCAAGGUUGCUUUCGUGGGUCCAUUUCUUCUCUGCCAUGCAGUGAGUAUCGGAGACUGUGAUGCUGUUAGAAAGAUAAUCAAACGGCAGAGAUCAAUUGUAAAUGAGUUACCAACUCGGGAAGCCGAGUCACUGCUACGAGUUGCAAACGAGUUGGAUAACUCAGAGGACAUGGUCAAUAUACUUGUUGAGGCUGGAUUGAUGUGUGACGGACGCCAGAGAUUGAACGAUGUGAGAUGGGAAUCGAAGGGGUGGACAGAGUUACACGUGGCAGCGGUGUUUGAUCGGACGGAGGAGGUUGAGAGGCUGACAAGAGGUGGUGAAUGUGGGCCGUUGGAUUGCAGGGAUAAAGAGGGAAGGACAGCGUUGCAUUUGGCGGUUAGCAAGGGGAAUGAGAGGUGUGCUAGGGUGUUGGUGAGUGCAGGAGCGGAGGUGGACGCGAGGAGUAACGAUGGUCGGACGGCGUUAUAUAGGGCAGCGGCCAAUGGGGACCGUCGGAUGGCGGGGAUGCUGAUGGAGAUGGGCGCGGACCCCACCAUUGGGACACUUGAUCGCGGCGUCUCAGCCAUUGAUGUUGCACGAGAUAAGGGACAUAAAGAGGUGGUCCAAAUACUCGAACGAGGCGAGGCAGUGCUACACGCAGCAAGACGGGGAGAGCUAAAUCAUCUCGAGUCCCUAUUAGAGAAAGACGCGAGCGUAAAUUACUGUGACCAAUAUGGUUUGACAGCCCUACAUGCCGCGGCAAUCAAAGGGCAUAAAGAGACGGUAAUGAUGUUGGUUGAGUUUGGGGCGGACAUGGAAUCCCGGGAUGGCGAAGGCCACACGCCACUGCAUUUGGCCGUGGAAGGUGGCAAUGUCGACACGGUUGAGGUGUUGAUUAACAGGGGAGCCAAUGUUAGUGUGAAGAGCAAUAAAGGAGCAACCCCUCUUUAUAUUGCUAGAGCAAUGGGAUAUGAAGAUAUAUCACAAUUGCUACUUGAUAAAGGGGCUGCUGCUUCUGUUUCCUCACUUCCUUCUUCUUCAUCCUCUUCUCUAUCAUCUAUGCUAUAGUAAUGGACAUAAAAGCUUGAUCAUGAUCGAACAUUCACAAGAAAGUAUGGCAAAAUUGUGACUUGGAAGCUUCUUCAAUGAGUUAUUUACCAAUUUGUCGCC